AUUUCCUAAUCUACACGGCCGAAACCGACCCUCUUCAUUAUCCGUUGCCUGCACCGAAAGAAGCAUCGAAUGCGCUCAAAAUUGAAACACUGAAAUUGGUGAAGAAAUGGCAUCAGAAAUUCGCAUUUGCUUAUCCAAAACUCAAUUACACCGUCCAGUUUUUGCGGUCAUCGAAAUCGUUCAACUUUGAAGAAGCUGAUGCUCAACUCGAGGCCGAACGAGUUCGUGCGGAAGAGGCGCAGCAAAGACUGGAGGCGAGAGGAAGACGAUGCCUUGAGCUUGUAACGAAUCAGAUGAACGAAAAACGCGAUGAUAUCGAGCGAUGUAUACAUGAGGCGAGAAAUGCCCUCGAGCUGCUCGUACCCAAAUUCGUUGAUCCGAACGAUUCGGUCGCCGAUUGUCCUUCAGAAUCUUCCUUUCCGACGACGAACGUUUCUUCGUUGCGAAAGGAUGCAGAACAAGAGGUGCUUCAUGCAUACACAGACAUUGAUACAAUAUCAGUGGUGAUACCCUCAAAGCUACCGUCAAUCAAACGAACCGACGCAAAUGAACCCAUAAUCGGCACACUAGUCGAUACCUUGAAACUACUUCGAUUCUACGAGAAAUUCAUUGCAAAGUCGCUGAAAAAACUUGUAAGUUUUGGUGGAAGGUACAUGGAGAAAACAAUAAAAGAGCUGGUUGAACUGAAAGGGCGAGUGACGCUUGAAAUUGAGAGAUGUGAUGAAUUGAAAGUGGAAGGCUUAGCGAAGAAAUUGGAU